CAAGUUCCCCCCGGCUGAAACCCUGCCUGAUUUGUGGGCAAUGUUGGGGAUGUAGAAAAAAAGGAAACCGGAGCAAAGAGAGCGCAAGGGAGAGAUAGGGAGACAACACUAACUAGGUAGCUAUGGAGAUAGUAGGUUUUCCUGGUAGCUUUCUUUGACAGGUGUCGAGUGGGAUAAAAUAAAGUAUCAGAACAGCCUCCAAGAUGUACGGCAAAGGAAAAGGAGCUGUUGUCCCCUCCGAUAGCCAAGCAAGAGAAAAGUUAGCGUUAUAUGUGUACGAAUACCUGCUACAUGUGGGAGCACAGAAAUCAGCACAGACCUUCCUGUCUGAGAUUCGAUGGGAGAAGAAUAUUACAUUAGGGGAGCCCCCCGGAUUCCUCCAUUCAUGGUGGUGUGAGCUGAUACAGAGCGCAGCGGCAGCGCCAAGCCCAGUGAUGGGCAACAUGCCACCCAAUGAUGCCAUGCCAGGUGGUCCCAUGCCCCCAGGCUUCUUCCAGGGACCACCCGGCUCUCAGCAGUCCCCCCAUGCACAGCCCCCCCCACACAACCCCAGCAACCCCAUGAUGGGACCCCAUGGCCAGCCUUUCAUGUCACCGCGGUAUCCAGGUGGACCGCGCCCCUCACUCCGAAUGCCAAAUCAGCCUCCUGGUGGUAUCCCAGGAUCUCAGCCUCUCCUGCCAAACAGUUUGGACCCAACAAGACCGCAAGGUCAUCCUAACAUGGGUGGACCAAUGAGAAUGAACCCUCCCAGAGGAAUGGCCAUGGGCCCACAGAAUUAUGGAGGUAUGAGGCCUCCUCCCAACUCAAUGGGUGGUCCAAUGCCAGGAAUGAACAUGGGUCCCGGAGGAAGAGGGCCUUGGCCAGGUCCUAAUGCUAACUCUAUAGCCUACUCCUCCUCAUCUCCAGGAAACUAUGUGGGUCCACCAGGCGGAGGAGGUCCACCUGGAACUCCCAUCAUGCCAAGCCCAGGUGAUUCAACUAAUUCCAGUGAAAACAUCUAUACGAUGAUGAAUCCAAUUGGACCUGGAGGCAACAGACCCAAUUUCCCUAUGGGACCUGGGCCUGAUGGGCCAAUGGGAGCUAUGGGAGCCAUGGAGCCACACCACAUGAAUGGAUCACUAGGGUCUGGGGAUAUGGAUGGGUUGCCAAAGAGUUCUCCCAAUAACAUGGGGGGCAUGAACAACCCUCCAGGGACGCCGAGAGAUGACGGCGAAAUGGGCGGCAACUUUUUGAACCCAUUCCAAAGCGAAAGUUAUUCACCCAACAUGACGAUGAGUGUGUGAUUUUAUUUUCCUUUUUUUUGUAUUUUCAUUUAUUUCUUUGCCCCUCUUUAUUUUUUGUAACCCUACACCUGAUUCUUUUUUUUUUUCUUCAACUGAAUCCUUACUUCACCUUGGACUGGAUCACUUCCCUUCCUCCGCCCACACACACCCUCUGUCCCCUCCUCAAACGGGGACCCACUACUACCCAACCCACCACCCCGUUUUUGUUUUUUUAAUUUUCCCCUCUUCUCACUCGGGAACUCUACGGCCACAGCCUUCUGGGACAGCCCUUGAGCAUGCUGGGACUCUAAUUAAGACGGGCCCUCCCGGCGCGUGUAAGCUGGCUGCGGGUGUGAAUAGGAAGCAGUCACAGAGCAACAGGAAGAGCCUCCUCUCUGACUCCGGCCCCAGCCUCCCUGGCUUCCUGUCAGGGUCUAGACAAUGAGCGAGGGAAGGAGGACAAAUGGAGAGAAAGGGGGAGAAAGGAGACUUGAAACACAGCCCUCCCCCUAAUGACACAGUGUCAGGUCUCUCAGCAGCUGCCUGGAAGCAUCUCAACCACGACUUUGGAUUUUUUGUUUUGUUUUUUUUAAUCAUCGUCUUUUGAUUUGUUGCUGUUCCUGAUGGGGUUAUCGGUGGGUCGGGAAGAAACGACCUUCGUGCCCCCCACAUUGUUCUCCUUGUGUGUACAUUUGUAACAGAGGUGUUGUGAUGAUCAGUGAACAGGAUUUUCCUUUUUUGUGUAUGUAUUGUAUCAUUGCUAUUUUUAUUAUUGUUAUUAAUGAUUAUUGGUAUGAUCAUUUUAAGAUUAGGUUCUAAUUUUCUGUUGUUUGUAAGGGCACAUUUAUUAUGAUGAAGACAGUAUACGUGCACACAAAUCGGUAAUUAUUUGCUGUGUAACAUGAGGCUCCGUGUGAGCACACUGCCCCCUGCAGGUAAGAUUUUAUUCCUCACGGUACUAAUUGGUUCUUUGUUUUCGUUCUUGUUUUGUUUUGUUUUUUGGGAGGUUGGCAACUUCCUUUUAUAAGAUCUAAAAUUUUAACUUGUUGCUCAGUAACUCACACCCGAAGAAGAGUCUCCUAGGUUCCCUGCAGUAAAAUGCACAGCUCUAUUUAUUUAUGUACUUUUAAUUUGUCUUAUGAAUCAUUGUUCCUUUUUUUAAGUGUUAUCCCUGGUUUUUUUUUAUUAUUAUUAUUAUUUCUUUCUCAACUGCAGAACUAGUAGCAACUGUGUAAAUAUGCAGAUCCACUCAGCAGCAUCUCCUUAUCUCCAUCAUUAGACCCCCCUCCAUCCAUCCCGAAAGGUGCUGACGUUAUCACGAGUCCACAGUUUGACCACACUCACACCGCUCCCACUAAUGCUUCCCACUGUUCACUCUGUCGUGUACAUACGUAACAUGUUAGUCUGUCUGCUGACCUGUAGUGAACACUUGGAUCGUUUUCAUUUGCCGAUGAGGUCCCCCACACACUGUGAUGUCCGUCUGCACUUUGCGGGCGCUUGCUUUCACACACCGCUCAUUUUAGCUUGCAGGUGUUUUCGUUCAAAUAUGUGCUGUCCUUCCUCUUUUUUAUGGUUGCUUGUGGUGAAAUGGCUUCUGGCCAUCUGCUGAUCGGAUCAACGGUGUUUUUUCUUUAUUUUGGAGAACGGCAGGUUAGGAAGCAGCAAUGGCAUUGCUCUGUUGACUGUAGCGAGUGGCCUCCCUUCCAUUUGCUUCCCUAUUCUCACCUCUCUAAUAGGCCAGCAUUGACACACAGACACUCAGUCACACACCACCCCUCUGAUUUUUUUUUUUUUUUUUUGGUACAACUCUCCAUGUUUUAAUUUUUUUUUUUUUGUAAAUACUGUAAAAUGCAUUUUGAUAUCAUUGACAUGUUUUGAUAUUUCAAAUCACAACUUUAACAGUUGAUCAGAAACGAGCUGAUUUGGGCAACUGUGUAUUUGUUCAGAGAAGGCGUGUCUUUUACUCAGAAAUAAUAUGAAUGACGAGAGAAACAGAAACUGGAGCUGCUAAAGACUAUUAUGCUAUUUCACCUCAUCACAGAUGAACGUGGGGCUUUUACUGUGCAUCGGCGCUGUUGUGUCAAGGGGUCCAGCGGGACAAGGGAGGAAAAACCUUUUGUAGUCGAGCUAAUUCACUGUCACACACAUGUACCUGAAAAACUCAGCUUCAGAUGAGAUAUAAGUCUUCUUCCUCUGCCUCUUUUAUUGGAAAUUUAUUGGGGGGGGGGGGACAACCUACCUCUGUUUUUGACCAUGAAUUUGCAAAAACAGAGGUAAAGAGGACAUUUUUAUAAUUAAACUUGUGGUCUCUUGACACAACUGAAUCGCAAAGGAGGGGUACAAAGGACACUGGCUCUCAAUCCAAAGCACCAGGGACCAGAGUUCAUGCUUUACUAUGAAGGAAUUUUUUUAAUCUAUUUAAAAAUGAGGCAAGAGAAAUGUUUGGGAAAGUAAAAAUGGGAAAAACAAUAAAACCUGGGACAGAUUUGUUGCUAAGAAGCGGUGGAGGUGGUGCAGGAAGAGGCGUUUUCCUCCCCUGUACUUUGAAAUGCUGUUGUAUAAAAUGCAGUCCGACUUCUUUCUGUCCUGUAAGUAAAGCCGUCACAACGUUGAUCAUUUCUGUAUUUCUAUUGUGCUGAUGUAUAAUACUGUAACAUUCAGGGGUGGGGAGGGUUAAGAGAGGACUUUUGGGGGAGGGGGUGGGGAGUAAAGAUUUUUUCUUUUUUGUUUGUUUUUUGUUUCUUUUCCUGUUCAGUUCCUCAUUUUUCCUCUUGAUGACAAAGCAGUAUUGAAUAUGAGGCAGUCUGUCCUUGGGGAGUUGCUUUGUAUCUCAUGUUAGGGUAGUUUCAGAUCCUAAAUGUCUUGUGUAGUAAAAUAAGAGGUUCCUUCGUAUGUUUCUUUAUAUUGUAAAGUUUCUUUAGACGAAAAAAAAUGUUGCUUAUUGGAAAAAAGGUGGGAAUCUGCAUUGAUAAUGUAUUUUUGUUUUGUUUUGUUUUAAUUUUCAUCAAGUUGUCAGUCGUUUUUUGCCUGUGUCCCCCUUGUUGUAGAUACAUAUUAAAAA